ACAGCACUCUGCGCCAGACACUGACAGUAAAAGUUGUCAAAAGUUUAUUGGUUAUAAAAUAUAUAUCUUUCUUGAGUUUUUCAAACUUUCUUGUUGGAAAUAUAUUUUAAACGAAUUUUUACAUUAUAUAUCAGAACUUUCCAGAUAUGUCAUAUAUAACAGGACCAGAAGUAGUCCAAUACGCCUGUUCAUGUGGUCUUUUGAAGCCAAUAUCUUUUCUAUAUUUCUGUAGAUAUUGUACGCAACUUCGAUGUAGUUUUUGCGUUUGUCAUGAGGUCGAUUCAAAUUUCUGUGGGAAAUGUUCAGAGAACAUUCCAUCUUCAGAGGCCCGAGUGAAGAAAAACAGAUGUGGGAAUUGUUAUGUCUGUCCUAGUUGCGAACAGGAGUUGUCUACUAGAAUUGCUUCUUCUAAAGCACCUACCGAUCCAGAAGAUGCAAAAGCUACUCCCAAGAAAAUGUACUAUUUGUCUUGUCAGUUUUGUAGAUGGAGCUCAAGGGAUGUUGGUAUACCAGACCAAUCCACAGUUACUGGAGGCUGGCCUGAAAGAGAGAAUGUCCAUUCAUAUCGUUUACAAGAACUGCUUGACAUGUAUAAGGCCAUUGUACUAGCGCAAAAGCAACAACAAGAAAAGGACAAGAAAAAGCAAAGAGGAAAAUAUUUGAGUUAUACUGACAGAACUGGUGUAACGGCAGCAGCUCUGAGAAAGCGUAUUGGCCUUCCAGCUGAUUUAACUCACCCCCUUCUGAAGAGUAAACCUAAAGAACCUGAACCAGCUAAGGCUAAAACAGAAGUGGAAAAACUGCCAAAAAGCAUUUUCACAGAACCAGUUAAUUUGAUGGAAAUAACUACUAUAGAGCAACGACUAUUGCAACCAGAAGCACAACCGACAACAGUGGACAAACUCUUUCCAGUGCACAAGCAGCUAUCGAUCAAAAGAACUGUGCGCUGCAAGACUUGUGAGCACAAUGUCAGUAAGCCUGAGUACAAUCCUAGUUCAGUGAAAUUCAAGAUCCAGCUUUUUGCUUAUUAUCACAUUCCUGAAGUGCGUAUCGUGACUGUGGAGCCUCUGAGAGCUGGAAAAUCAUGUGAAUUAAUUUUAAAAUUCACCAAUCCUUCUCAACACCAAACCACAAUAACUUUUUUACAAUUGAAUCUCGAAGAACAGGAAAUAGAAGAAACGAAAAUUGAGGAAAAACAACAAAUGUCUUUGCCUUCUUUAUUGAGUCAACCUAGCAGUUUAAUCAGCAUUUCAUCCCGGUCACCUUCGAUUUCUGUAAAACCCCGAAUGAUAAAAGAGGAACUGAAUUGUGAAGUUGAGAUCCCUUCCAGCACUUUCAUUCUUCCGCCAAGAAACGAUGCUGCCGAAUAUGAUGAUUCUGGCGAUACCCAUAACAUACAGGAUGAUACUAAGUUAGUUAAAUGGAGAAAAUCCAACAAAGCAUUCAUAAAAUUGAAUGUAACCCCCAAGAAUGAUUUGGAUGUGAAUUCAGACGUUGUGUGCGGGUUUAUAAUGCAGCAUGUUUACACAAACGCCAUAACUGGGCAGCUGGAUAAGAAAGAACCUCAGAAGUACAAUCACAAGGUGAAGGUGUUUCUCCGCUUAGGUCAAUUGGUGGGGUCUGAGUAGAGAAAUUCGUUUUGCUUUGAGGGAUGCUAUAAUCAUAUUUGUCGCAAUUAACUUGUAUUAUUUUAGAAAUUAUUGGAAAAAUGACAUUACAGAUAUUUAUUGUAGGUAGCUGAACAAAAUAUUGGAUAUGAAUUUAUUUUCAGUUAUAAGUCAAUUGCAGUUAGUUCAUUAGCAAACUAAUUUCGGUAUUUUUAAAGAGAAAGUUUAUAUAAAGAUGCUUUUAGCUU